GCGGCGUGCGGGACUUGGUUUCUCGCGGCUUUCCUUUCCCCAUGGCGGAGUUCGGAGAGGAGGACCUGGCCGUCGCGGCCGCCAAGAUUCUGCUCAGCCUCCGGAGCAGGAACCUCGUGCGGUGGCCGGAGUGGAUCGCCCGGCCGUACGACGGUCUCCAGCGGCCAGAGGAGGCCGAGCUGCCGCCGAUCCCGGAGGGAUGGCGGAAGCGGCCGCGGUCGCGGCUGCCUGCGCGGGCUGAAGGAACCGCGUGUCUGCCGUCGCUGAAGAGCCCCUCCGAGCGGCCGGGGCGCCCCGUUCUCGGCGGAUCCGGCGCGUGUUCCGGCGAGGAGGAGGAGGAGGAGGAGGAGGAGGAGAGGGCGUGGUCUGCCCCGAAGCCGAAGCGCCUGUCUUUCACCGCGCGGAGGCCGGAGGUACCGCCGCACUACUUCUCAGGCUCGGCAACCGGGUCCGGCCCUUCCACGAGCGGCGCCGACCGGGCGCGGUCGCGGCGACGGGCGCGCGUGAGCGAGAAGGCGACUGCCGCCAGCGUGGAGUCGAGCCCGGAGACGCCCUUCGACUUCGCCAACGCCGCCGGAUCGGGAGCGUCCUCGAGCGGUGACGAAGCAGCGCGGCCGACGGCGGCGCAGGGGUCGGGCGGAGGCGGAGGGCCGUCAAGCGGCACCGAGGGGCGCGGCUCGCCGACGAAGCGCUCGCGGACGGACCUCGCCGCCGGCGAAGCUGCGGCGACCGAGGCUAAAGCGGAGGAGCACAAGAUCAAGGAGGAUUACCGGGACGAGAAGGGCCACCUGCUGUUCGACCUCAACGAAGCUUGGGGUGGUAACUAA